CCAACCUCCCCCAAAUCAAUCGCGGCAUUGUGUUUCAGUUUGAGAGGAUUGUGGCGGAGAAGUCAAGCCUGACGCAUUAUUGUGGCCGUUACCAGUCGGGGCUGGAGUCCACACUGAGCUAGCAGUGCAUUUAUAUUGUUUGUCUUUCAUAGGUGAGCACAUUGGAGUGUCUAUUGUGCUUCGCGUCUGGUUGACUGUCGGGGCUCUCCAAGCCAUUGUACUUUAGUGCUUAUCUUCAUGUAGCUCCGCUGUGUACAUUGUUACUUGCACAGUCAGGAGGGAUGAUCAUCGCAGUGGCGGUAUUGUGAGGGUCGAUCGCAGUUAGUUUUCUUCAUGUCGUUACCGCAAAUGGACAUCCAUUUGGAGGACUUGAAUGGAGAGGAAUAAUUUGAUAACGAUCGAAUGAGGAUAUUCGGAACAAUAUACGUCUGGAAAUAAUUACUCUGCUUUGCUCAAAACUAGGUUGUAGAGCUCUAAUCCUUCAAUAGGACCAGUCUGGAUUACACAAGGAGACACGCCUUCAUGCUCUGCCGAUGUCUUAUUGUUGUCAGGACUAUGCCGGAUGUAACCAGCUAGCCCUCGUGUGGGAAGAGUAGUUAGUUUGAAACAAGGACAAUACUCAACAGUCAUUGAGGAAUCUCAACUGUUUACUGGAUUAUAUUAUCACCACCGUAAGCCGCUCACGAUCUUCGUUCUUUGAACUUGGACCUUGUAACUUCAAUACACAUAGGAAACCCAAUCAUCCUAUCAUUGUGCAAAUAAGUGACUUUCUUGUUGUUACUUUCAAAGUCGGACUCUAGUCGCAUUUAUACAAUAGACUCCUGGCGUCUACCCUAAUCGACGGAGUCAUCCCGCCGUUAGAACCCUUGGACUCGGACCCCCUUUUUCCGAUAUUGACUGCUACAGUAUAAUUACCUUCUACCAAGGCAAGAUGUAUGUCACAACACCAUCGUAGAGGUGCUUCCAUAACAUCCAGCAACUGGCAGAUCACUACUGAAUCUUCCCAUCCUCCAUACAACCUGACUCGCCACCCAGCGAGGGGGUAAAUCCUUCCCAUCAUGCUCCCACCUACGCUCCUAGCGUGUGCGGCUGGUCACAUUCACUGGUUGUCAUUGGUCAUCUUCUUCCUGGGUAUCAUUAGCCUUCAUGGUCUACCCACGGAUCCACCUCUCAUCUUCUCUUAUGAUGACACGACACCUUUCCCUGAUGCCAUCAAGUGUUUUACAUGUGACAGCAGAAAGACCAAUCAGGAGUGUAACGACAAGGCAUAUGAUGGAUUCUGCCCUCAAGGUACCAAGUACUGUUACACCGAGCAUCAUCUCAACAGCCUGUCUGGAGACAGUGUUUUAGUUCAUAAACUGUGUGCUACAAAUGGAGAAUGUACGCCAAACUCUGUGGGCUGUUCGGAUUUUACUCCUCAACAAUUUGACACAAAGAAAUGUAUAUCUUGCUGUGAGGGCUCCAAGUGCAACGAAGCCGUUCCCACCAAUUCCAGCACAGCGAUCUUUACAACGAUAACACCGUACAGCCAUGGAACGUUAUUACAAUCAUCGAGGCUGUUCACAUCGCUCUGUUUAGUUUUAUCGACAAUGUUAGUCAGAGGAUGGUUAUGGUGUAUGUAGCAGUGUUGCUUUGGCAUGAGUUCAGACUCUCUGAUUGAGAACACAAUAGCGUUCACUUGAAUGUUUCAGCAUCCUAUUGUGAUGUUUCAACGUGUUAUGGUGUAAUAGCUGAAGAGUGAAUAGACCUUGAUUGAACAUUUGGGCUCAGAAGACCAUACUGGAGCAGUGUUGCUUUGGCAUGAGUUCAAACUCUCUGUUUGUUAACACAAAAACGUUCACUUGAACAUUUCAGUCCUGGGGCAGCGAUAUGCAAGUCAAAAGAUGAAACUCACAUGCUUCUUGAACUGUUUUGAGUGGACAUUAUAAAGAGACAUCCAACGAGAAGUGAUCAAUUCCAACACAGCAUCCAUACUUUAGCGCUGAUAUCUAGCUUUUACCCUAAUAUGCAGAUGACAUGACAUGGAGGUCAGUCAUAUCCACCGAGAAGCUCCCAAGAUUGAUGACCUACACCAGGGAUAUUCUCAUCUUAAUCUCAUCCAGAUUAGGAAACUUAUGUAACAAGAUAUUAAGAUAUUGAAUCAACCAUUCAUGCAUGUAUGGAUAUGUAAGAAGAAUCCUUCACAAUAAUGCGAUAAUUGAAAUGAGAUUUUAAAAACAGAGUACCGUUAAUCAAAGGUAUAAUGUGGUCUUUGUAGGCAGGUGGUCACUAAAGCGAGUUUGACUGUAGUUAGUUCACAACAACACUUAGUAAGGUUUUUUGAGCAUGGGCUCUGGAAGACACAUGUUCUAGAAAUAUACUGUGUGGUAUGAUUGAUCUGGGGGGUGUUUCACAAAGAUCAUAAGUCAAACUUAACUCUAAGUUGGACUUAAACAUUAUGGAGAGCCAUUUGUAGCCUUAGAAUAAUAUAAAUUCAAAAACGAAAAUUCAACUUUUUUAGACUUUUCAUAAAUUCCACAUCAAGAAUAUUAAAUCUCCUUAAUAAUAGAAGAUAUGAAUGAUUUGUAUCGACAUUUAAUGCCUUUUAAAAUAACUUUCAGAAAAUGUUUUCAAAGAUGCUAAUGGCUAACCAUAACUUUUAAGUCCAACUUAAAGAUAAGUUCAACUUAGGAUCUUUGUGAAACAGGCUCCUGUAUGGUCUUUGAGCAUAUCAAAGAAAGUUCAUGUUUAAAUAAAUUCAAGUACAUUUCAGUGAAACAAGAGUGCAA